CUCCCGAUCUGUCUCUUUGAUAAUUCUUUCUCGUCGAUCUCCCGAUCCAUCGAUUUCUCGUAUUAUUCGAUUUUGGCUUCUGUUCCUGUCGGAUUCAAGCGACCCCAGAUUUGGGCAAAGGAUUUUUUUUUAAUCUAUUUAUGUCGUUUUAGUUCUGUUCGUGUUUUUCGAUUCCAGAUUGUUGUGGGUAUUUGUAAAGCGGGUUUUCCUCAAUGUUUAGGAACAUUGUCGAUCCCAAGUUUAUUGCUUUUAGCGUAUUGGGUCUUUAGAAUCGGAUUUUUCGUCUGAAGUAUUUCUCAUCUCUACGUGGAUUGAGCUAGCAAGAGUCUGAGCUGUAGCCCUUCUCUGUCUUUAAAAUGGCUACUGCUUCUUCUUCUUCUUCUUCUUAUUUUUUGGGUUUGCACACUUUUCUGUUUGUGCAAUUGUCUCCCCCAACAGUGUAGCUGCUUUGUUUUUGUAUCAUCGUUUAGACAACAAUCUUUAUUUUCUCUGUCACAGUGAACAUUGUACGAUUCUUCUUCUACAAACAGGCUGUUUCAUGUUCUCUGUUUGUUUUCCUGCAAUUCAGACAAUUCCGAUGUUCUUCAUUUCAGUUUCGGCGAUGGCCUUCAGGCGCGGUUUGUCUAUAAGGUCAACACUUAGUGCUCGUCGCUACCAGCCAUCUCCUUGUUAUAUUAUUACUCAUAAUAACGAUUGUGAUGGGGAGUCGUUCUGCCAAACACCAUCUCAAAGAAGUUAUCACAGCUUUCUUCAUCAAAGAUCCUCUAGUAACAACUCAGCUUCCUCGCAAAUGUCAUGGGGAUGUUCACAUUUGUCUCUGUUUCCUACAUCUGGUUUUGCUUUCCACCGUUAUAUGUCAAGUUUCCAUGGGGAUGGUUCAGACAUCCCUCUAGUCGUAACCGAUACGACAUUGCAAACUGUGACUUCUCAGGCUACUGGAGUCUAUGAAUUUUCCGAUUCUUUCUUUCCUGUUGAUGCUCUUCGAAAUUGCAUUGGCAUGGUGCAUUCCUUCACAGGCCUUGAUUGGUGGGUAUCCAUUGUUCUUUCAACUCUCUUUAUUCGAGCAAUGUUGGCUCCACUCUUUGUUAAACAGAUCAAAGCCACUACAAAAUUGAUGCUAGUGAGGUCUCAGUUACCGUCAAUCGGGGAGGACAUGAAAAAAAAGGGAAUGGACCCAACUUCUAUCGCGGAAGGUCAACAACAAAUGGAGGCUCUGUAUAAGAAACAUGGCAUCGGUCCGUUGGCUAUGUUAGCUCCUAUGAUGGGCCUCUUUAUUCAGGGACCUGUGUUUUUGUGCUUCUUCCUCGCAGUUAGAGGCAUGGUAGAGAAAGUACCUUCUUUCCAGACCGGCGGUGCAUUUUGGUUCACUGAUCUCACAACUCCUGAUAGCUUGUAUAUCCUCCCUGUCCUAACAGGAUUGACUGCCUGGAUGCACAUCGAGUUUAAUGUAGAAGCGGGCAAGUUAUUGAAAAACAUUGGCCGGGGAUAUGCAUUUCUCGCAGUCCCAUUGACGAUGGGGUUUCCGGCGGCUUUAUUCUUCUACUGGAUAACAUCCAACCUGUUCACCCUCAUGUUUGGAGUCGCGGUAAAGCGGCCUCUAGUUAAAAAGGUGUUGGGCAUUCCCGAACUGCCACCUUUAGAGCCGAGCAGUGACCCUACCUCCGAUCCGGAAGCAACAGCCUCGCGGACCAGACGAUAUCCGCUCGUAAACCCGAGGGUUCUGCGUCAAGGUUCCAUCAGCGAGAGGCUGAAAGCUCUGGAGAGGCAAGUCAAAAACAGGAAGAAGAUCACGAAGAGUUGAUUGUCCGUCCAUCCCACUAAACUUUUUAGAGAUUCAGCUCGGGAAACGGCAUAGAAACAGAUCGAGAAGGAUGGAAGGCAGUAGCCGCGUCCGAGCCUCGAGUUUUUUAUUUUGGGUUAGGGUUUUAGUUUGAUUAUUUCCGGGGUUUGAAAAUAAGGGUUCGAGUGGGAUGUGGUUCGAAGCAUGGCCGGGCAGUGUCUAAAGCUGCUAUCUGCAAAGGAUGUAGAAAACCAUAGGCUAUUAUAAGUUUUGGUCAAAUAUUUAUCAUUCAUGUAUUUCGAGUUCAUCGGUUACUAAUUUGGUCGAAAUGAUUACGAAUCUUUCUA